GUAAAAAUGUUAAAAAUUGUGAUGAUAUUCAAAUCACUGAAAAUCUCAAUAUUGUUGCUAUUGAUCCUGGUAUUCAUACUAGUUGGUCUUGGUAUUCUCCAUCCAAAGAAUAUGGUUGGUUUGAACUACUUAUGCUUCUCUUAAAAAGAGAAAUUCAAUGA